AUGCCCAACCCCCGGACAUACAUGGAUAUGGCGCUGCCCCUUGUCAAGACGCUGCCCGAGUGCGCCGACUACUUCAAGACGGUAGAGCCGUUCCUUCCCCAAUACUACGACCUCCCGCACAAGGUCGCAGCACACAUAACCGACCCACAGGCACUCAAGGCCCUCUAUGUCAACACCAACCCGCUCAUGACAGCGCUGGCUUUUGCCACCAUGUUCGUCACCCCCAUCGUGCUUGCCGUCUCGGAGAUCAACCGCAACUACUCGCAAGUCGACCGGCUGUGGAGUCUGCUGCCCGCCAUCUACAAUGUCCACUAUGCAGUUUGGGCCCAUCUCAACGGACUGCCGACAAUGAAGCUGGAUCAUGUCAUGGCUGUCUCCAUCAUCUGGGGUGCUCGCUUGACCUUCAACUACUGGCGCAAGGGCGGAUACCAAGUUGGCAGCGAAGACUACAGAUGGAACAUUGUCAAGGACUACGUUGGUGGACCUGGCAUGUUCAUCUUCAAUGUCACUUUCAUUUCGCUUGGGCAGAAUAUUCUGCUCUGGCUCAUCACCACGCCUACGUACAUUCUCCUUCUCGCCAAUCGUCUCAAGGGCAACGACAUCACAUCCUACGAUUCCUUGUUUGGCCGUUCCAUGGUUGCUAUCGUUGUUCUGGAGUUCUUCGCUGAUCAAGCGCAAUGGAAUUACCACAAAGCCAAGGGUGCAUACCAGAAGACCGCCAAGGUACCAUCUGACCUUAAAUACACACGUGAGCAACUAGACCGCGGAUUCAACACAACCGGUCUUUUUGCCUGGUCGCGCCACCCCAACUUCGCCGCUGAACAAGCCUUUUGGGUAUGCUUGUACCAAUGGUGCUGCUUGGAGACUGAGACCUACGCCAACUGGGCAUUCGCAGGUGCAUUCGGAUACCUGAUCCUGUUCCAGGCCAGCACUUGGCUCACCGAGCUACUCAGCGCCGGCAAGUACCCUGAAUACAAGGUCUACCAAGAACGUGUCGGCAAGUUUCUUCCCAAGUUCAGCACCAAGAGCAUGGAGCUGCCGCAAACCGAAAUGGAGAAGCAGAAAGUCAAGGACGCAAAGGCCGGUAAGGGUGCUAUGAAAACUAAGUGA